AUGGAGGGAGGGGGUCGUUGACUUACAAUCCUUAGCAUCCAUCCGAGUACUUCAGUUCUUGCAUCAAUCAUCUCUUACAGAGUUUUUUCUGCGAUCGAUCCCGUGCUUGUUAAUGGCUGCUUCUUCGUCUUCUUCUUCUUCUUCUUCAUCUGAAGGUCGUCAUUGGAAAUACGACGUCUUUCUCAAUUUUAGAGGCGAAGACACUCGUAAGAUCUUCGUUGGCCAUCUCUACAAAGCUCUGGAUCAGAAAGCAAUUAACACCUUCAUUGACGCCGAAGAGCUUCGGAAAGGCAACGACCUUUCGGAGCUCCUUACAGCUAUUAGCAACUCGAGGCUAUCGAUUGUUGUUUUUUCCGAAAACUACCCUUCUUCGACGUGGUGCUUGAAAGAACUCGUCCAGAUAAUGGAAUGCAUGGAUAUACACAAGCAGAUAGUGGUGCCUGUUUUCAACCAAGCCAAUCCAUCCAAUAUUCGUAAACUCGAGGGAAGUUUUGCAGAAGCUUUUGCUAAACAUGAACGCCAUUCUAACGUUGACGUGAAGAAGGUGCAAAGCUGGAGGUCCGCUCUUGCUAGAGCCACCGAUUUAUCCGGUUGGGAUUCGCAAAAUUAUAAGGAUGAUGCCAAGCUUAUUGAAGAUAUUGUAGAUGAUAUCUUUAACAAAUUGAUCCACGUCUCAUCAAGCAAAGAUAAUGGCUUGGUUGGAAUGGAUUACCACAUAGAUGAAAUGAAUUUACUAUUACAUCCUGGGGUGAAUGAUGUUUUCGCUGUUGGAAUAUGGGGUAUGGGAGGUAUAGGCAAAACCACCAUCGCUCGAGCUGUUUAUGAUGAAAUCGCUUGUCAAUUUGAAGCUUGCUGCUUUCUCGAAAAUGUCAAGGAAGGCUUCUCGAAAGGUGCAGUACAUAUGCAGGAAGUGCUUCUUUCUAGAAUCUUGAAGGAAAAGAUGCGGAGUUUAGGCACGUUGGAUCGAGGUUCCAAAAUGAUAAUGGAAAGGCUACGAAGGAAAAAGGUUUUCAUUGUUCUUGAUGAUGUUGACAAAUUAUCCCAAAUCGAAGACUUACUUGGAAAGCAGCAUUUUGGUGGCGGAAGUAGAAUCAUUAUAACCACUAGAGAUAUGCAAUUACUAAGUGGAGUUGAUGCUGUAUAUAAGCCCAAGAUCUUAAGUGAGCCAGAAGCUCUUGAACUCUUCAGGCAGUAUGCCUUCAGAACAAACCAACCCACAACAGAUUAUGAUCGUCUCUCGAGGCUUGCCCUACAACAUGCUCAUGGUGUGCCUUUAGCACUCAAAAUCUUGGGAGCUUUGCUUGAUAACAGAAGUGUACAGGAGUGGGAAGAUGUGUUGAAGAAAACAAAGAAAACUCAGCUCAUGGGAAUUCAGGAUGUUCUUAGAAAGAGCUUUGAUGGGCUAGACGAUUCAGAGAAGGACAUAUUUCUAGAUAUUGCAUGUUUCUUUAAAGGGAUGGAGAAAGACUAUGUAACUAAAAUUCUUGAUAGCUGUGGCUUAUCCCCUAGUGGAUUAGAAGUACUAGUUAACAGAACUCUCAUCACUAUCGCAGAUUACGAUACACUUGAGAUGCAUGAUUUACUGCAGGGAAUGGGGUGGGAAAUAGUCCACCAAGAAUCUAAUAAAGAGUCUGGAAGACGAAGUAGGUUAUGGAUUUAUGAAGAUGUUCAUCGUGCAUUAACUCAAAAUACGGCUACAGAAGCAGUUGAAAGCAUAACCCUCGACUUGGCCAAUUCAGGAGAGGUAUACUUCGAAACUGAAGCUUUUGUUAGAAUGAAAAAACUAAGACUUCUCAAGAUCCAUUGUAGCCGAUCCAUGGUAUACGCAUCAUGGGAGGAUCUAUCCCAUCCAAAUGAUGACUGUAAACAACACAUGAGUGGGGAUUUAAAAUUUCUCUCUCAUGAGUUGAGGUGUCUACUCUGGCAUGGGUGCCCCCUAAAGUCCUUGCCAUCCAAUUUCCACCCCAAGAAUCUUAUUGAUCUUGAAAUGCCUUAUAGCCAGAUUGAACAACUUUGGGAAGGAACCGAGCAUCUGGAAAUGUUGGAAUUCAUCAAUUUAAGACAUUCUCAAUACCUUAACAAAACCCCCGAUAUCACUGAAGCAAAAAAUCUUGAGAUUCUAAAUCUCGAAGGUUGUACAAGUUUAACUGAAGUCCACCCAUCAAUUUCAGAUCUUGAGAAACUUGUUUUUUUGAGUCUAAAAGGAUGUAAAGAACUUAAGAUUCUUUCAAGCAGAAUUCACAUGAAAUCUCUUAAAACCCUUGUUCUUUCUGGCUGCUCAAAUCUUGUUAAGUUUCCAGAGAUUUCAGGAAGUAUGCAGGAGCUAUCAGAACUUUAUCUAGAUCGGACUGCAAUUGAAGAACUUCCCUCAUCGAUCAGAAUUCUUACGGGGCUUGUUACUUUGAACCUAAAUCGUUGCAGAGAACUUAAGAGUCUUCCAAGCAGCAUUUGUCAACUCAAGUCCCUUGGAUAUCUUACUCUAUCUGGUUGUCCAAGACUUAAGGAGUUCCCAGAAAUUGAAGAAGAUAUGGAAGGAUUAAGAGAGCUUCAUUUGGAUGGAACAUCUAUCACACGGAUUUUCCCAUCAAUUGAACGGCUUCGGGGGCUUGUGAUACUAAAUUUGAAAAACUGCAAAAGCAUCGUCUGUCUUCCAGACUGUAUCUGUAAUUUGGCAUACCUUACCCGUCUCACAGUCUCUGGGUGCUCAAGGCUUUAUCACUUGCCUGAGGACUUAGGAAAUGUAGGAUCCUUGAGGGACAUUGAUGUAAAGGGAAGUAGUUUACGUCAACCAUUCUCUAUGUCAAGUAGGCUUUUGCCUCCAAUAUUAUUAUUUCCUGGAUGGAAGAAAAUGAAGGCACCAUUUCUAUUUAUAAAACCAUCAAUAUGUGUUGGUGAAUACUAUAAAAAUUUGAGACAGCUUGAUUUAAGUGACUGCAAACUGUUGAGACUACCGGAUGUUAUUUCUGUUCUCUCCCAAUUGGUCACACUAAUACUUUGCAGAAACAAUUUUGAGAGCUUACCUGCAACUCUAGAUCGACUUCAUUGUUUAAGACAUCUCAAAGUAGAAGCUUGCAGGAGACUGAAAUCAAUACCACAGCUUUCAUCGAGUAUAAAGGACGUAGAUGCGCAUGAUUGCACUGCUUUGGAAACAGUUUCAACCCCAAACCCGCAUGAUUGCACUGCUUUGGAAACAGUUUCAACACCAAAGCCUCAUAAUAUGAAUCUUUACUUCACAUUUUCCAAUUGCCUACAGAAGAAAUCCAUUCAGGAAUAUUGUGGAAACUCUCUCUCAUCAUCAGGUCUCUCUCUCUCUCUCUCUCUCUCUCUCUCUCACAUAUGUACACAAGUUGAACACAAAUUAAGUCAACCGUUGUUUUGUACU